GUGAAACGAGUGGCUGGUGAAAAUAUUUCCAAACAUUUUGAAGACAGUCCUGGUGAUUUACCGGAGGAUGCAACAAAAGAAGAUGGCAAUGCUGUUGACCCAAAGGUGACUAAAAAAGAGAGUGAAAUUACUGUUGAGGAUAACAAAGAUGAGAACAGGGAUGAGAAGGCCGAGUCUAAGAAUAUGGUUGAAGAAAACCAGGAUGGGAAGGCUGUUUCUGAAAUGGAACGAAAGAUGGAGACUGAAAAUAAUGAGGAUGGAAAAACAGAGGAUAGAGAGUUGAAUUCAGGUGAUAAAGAAUCAAAUUCAGAAGCUGGAGAGACCCAAGCUCAAGGCAAUGAAGCAAAUGAAAGCGAUCAAACAGAAUCAGAGGAUAGCUCAAGUGAAAAUAAAUCCAAGUCAGAUGACGGGGAGAAGAACCCAGACUCAGGGGAGAAUGCAAAUGAAAAUAACCAGGAAGGUGCUACUGAGAAUAACGUGGAUAGUCAAGAGAAUGAUCAAACUUCCAUUGAGAUUUUACCUGCUGGCACACAGUCAGAACUUCUAAAUGAAACCAAUACUCAAAAUGGGGCUUGGUCGACUCAAGUGGUGGAGUCACAGAAUGAGAAGAUAUCUCAACAAUCUUCAAUAGCUAAGGAUCAUUAUGGUCAUGGAUGGAAACUUUGUAAUGUCACUGCCGGACCAGCCUAUGUUCCUUGCCUUGAUAAUUGGUACGUUAUAAGAAGGCUUCCAAGCACAAAGCACUAUGAACAUCGAGAGAGGCACUGUCCUCAAGAAGCUCCCACUUGUUUGGUACCCAUACCUGAAGGAUAUAGACGCUCAGUUAAGUGGCCUAAAAGCAGGGAAAAGAUAUGGUUCUAUAACGUCCCUAACACCAAGCUUGCCGAGGUUAAGGGGCAUCAGAAUUGGGUUAAAGUUACUGGUGAAUAUCUUACUUUUCCAGGUGGUGGAACUCAGUUCAAGCAUGGUGCUCUUCAUUAUAUUGAUUUCAUUCAGGAUUCCCAUCCUGAUAUUGCAUGGGGAAAAAGAAGCCGAGUGAUAUUGGAUGUUGGGUGUGGGGUGGCAAGCUUUGGAGGUUAUCUUUUGGAAAAAGAUGUUCUUGCAAUGUCAUUUGCUCCCAAGGAUGAACAUGAAGCCCAGGUUCAAUUUGCACUUGAAAGGGGUAUCCCUGCGAUGUUGGCUGUUAUGGGCACGAAGAGAUUACCCUUUCCUAGUUCUGUUUUUGAUCUUGUUCAUUGUGCACGCUGUAGGGUUCCUUGGCACAUUGAAGGUGGUAAACUUCUUUGGGAGCUGAAUCGGGUGUUGAGGCCUGGUGGUUACUUUGUCUGGUCUGCCACCCCAGUUUAUCGAAAGCGUCCGGAAGAUGUGGGCAUUUGGAAAGCAAUGUCCAAACUAACAAAGUCAAUGUGCUGGGAUCUGGUGGUGAUUAAAACGGACAAGCUAAAUGGUGUUGGUGCAGCAAUAUAUAGAAAGCCAACUUCCAAUGACUGCUAUAAUAAUAGACCACAAAAUGAGCCUCCACUGUGCAAAGAAUCUGAUGAUCCAAAUGCAGCGUGGAAUGUCCUGCUCGAGGCAUGUAUGCAUAAAGUGCCUGUAGAUGCGUCAGUGCGUGGGUCUCAUUGGCCUGAGCAAUGGCCAAAACGGCUGGAGAAACCACCAUACUGGUUGAAUUCUCAGGUUGGAGUUUAUGGUAAAGCUGCUGCAGAGGAUUUUGCUGCUGACUAUAGACAUUGGAAAAAUGUUGUCUCCCAGUCUUAUUUGAAUGGGAUAGGAAUUAAAUGGUCUUCUGUGAGAAAUAUCAUGGACAUGAGAGCUGUAUAUGGAGGGUUUGCUGCGGCACUGAAAGACUUGAAAGUGUGGGUUAUGAAUAUAGUCCCAACUGACUCUGCAGACACGCUUCCAAUAAUCUAUGAGCGUGGUUUGUUUGGAAUGUAUCAUGAUUGGUGUGAAUCAUUCAAUACCUAUCCUAGAACUUAUGAUCUUCUACAUGCUGAUCAUCUCUUCUCCGGUCUAAAAAAGAGGUGCGACUUAGUGGCAGUAAUAGCAGAAGUUGAUCGGAUCCUGAGGCCAGAAGGAAAGCUGAUUGUGCGUGACAAUGUUGAAAUCAUUGGUGAGAUUGAGAGGCUGGCCAAAUCUCUGAAAUGGGAGAUCCGGAUGAUUUACUCAAAAGACAAUGAGGGACUGCUUUGUGUUCAAAAGACAAUGUGGCGUCCUACGGAAUCAGAAACAAUAACAUCAGCCAUCAUACAAGCCUGACGUGUCAGUUUGUACCUUUCAUCUGAGGUUUACCAGGCUGCCUGUAUUAGGCUUACAGGCAUGGUUCUGUUUUCUAUCGUAGGCAUUUGACGGUUAGUAUCAAUAGCUGUAUUUAUCCACAAGAAAUUGUAAAAUAAUAGUUAUUUACUUAGUUGUUCUUUAAAUUCUCCUUAUUUUCAUCAAUAUUUAGUGUCAUUUUAAUCAACCCUCUUUAAUAAGAGGGAUUUUGGCUGCAUACUUAUCAUGGAUGUUACUGAGAAAUCACAAUUUUGCAAACUUGUUAUAUAUA